AUGCCUUUGGUGAUAGUAACAGGUCUCCCUUCUUCUGGGAAGACCACGGCAAUCAAAAAAAUUAUCACUUCCCUCGAACAGAAAAUAUCUGAAGCACAAGCCAAUAAGAAGCCAGGAGGAAAUUUAAAGAUUAUUUUACAUGCAGACGAGUCAUUGGGGAUCCAGCAUGAUGAUUACCGGGAGUCAAGGACCGAGAAAUCGUCAAGAGGUAACCAGAUGACCGCAGUGAAAAGAGAUCUUUCCAGGAACAAUAUUGUGAUAUUGGACAGUUUAUGCUACAUUAAAGGGUUCCGGUACCAAUUAUUUUGUGAGGCCAAAAGUUUGUCCACCACCAACUGUACGAUCCAGAUGAUGGCUCCCCUUGAAGUUUGUCUCGAAAGAAACGCCAGUCGUGAUGACGGACUUCAGUGGGAUCCUGAAUUAAUCAAACAAUUGGAAAUGCGGUAUGAAGAACCAGAUAGUAGAAACCGAUGGGACUCGCCGUUGAUCGGAAUCAUCUACAACGAGGACGAGCUUCAUAUUGACGACAUCUGGAAAGCGUUGGUGUAUCCUGCCAAAAAGUUGAAGCCGAAUAACGCCACGAUUUCCAAGCAGGCAAAUACCGGGAAUUUCUUACAAGAGUUGGACAGAGCUACCCAAGAAGUUGUCAAUCGGGUGGUGGAGUAUCAGCAAGGGGGGCUAGGCACUGCUGGGGGUUCAGUGGUAAUCCAGAAGGGCGAUGUAGAUCAAGGGAUCAGCGAUAUUACCGUUGAAUUGCCGUUGAAGACGGUGUCGACGGCGCAAUUGCAACGGAUCAGAAGAACUUACAUCAGUUUGAACAGGGUACGCGCCGUGGAUACCAACAGGAUUGCCCCGCUAUUUGUUGAGUACUUGAAUACCAGCUUAGAUAACGAUGACGUGUGA